CGAACGUCGUGGCUGGGUGAAACUUUAAGCUAAAGCAUCCUCUGUCCCAAGCUGGGACCCAACCAAAGCUCGUGAAACGACUUGUGCUAUCAGAGAAGGCAGCAGACCACGGAUAACGCUACGAGGGUAGCGCUGCUCUGGCUGCGAUGGGCUGAAGCUAAAGAAGAGCGAGGUUUGCGUCGUGGAUCAGCCCCUGUUACGCUGGAGACAGCGGAUGUGGGUACGUGGCCCUUCGCUCUGCACGUCCCAGACCUGGUCCGGCACGCAGAGGUUCAGCAUUUUAAGCAUCGAUCGGUGCGUGAUUUCCUGUUUACCUCAUGGAAGUGGGUUUGGUCCUGCCCAGCUAACGUCUAUAAAAGCUCUGCAGGGUCUCCUCGGAGCACCAGAACGGGCUGAAAUCCUCUGGGCAGCUUCAGAGAAGCAGAAAGGGGCCGGACAUCCGGAUUGUCCUCUGCUUUUGAACAGAGAAACCAGCCAAGAAAAUGAUGUCUUUCAAAGUUCUCUCUCUGCUCCUCGCUUCUCUGGGCUUUGUUUUGAUGGAGGAGAACGUCUCGGGCGUAAGUAUUAGGACUCCCAGUGCCAGACCAGUGCAAAGACGCUACUCCGAGGCCACCCUGGCAAGCGAUUACAGCCGCGCGAUGGAUCACAUGCUGAAGAAGAACUUUGUGGAAUGGUUGCUAGCCAGACGGGAGAAGAAAAGCGACAACAUCAUCGAGCCAUACAAGAGGGAAGCUGAGUCCCAAGUAUCGGUUGCCAACGGCCAAAGAUCGGACGUGGACACCCAGGAAGCCAAAGACUUCUUCGCCUGGCUUCUGAAAGCCAAGAAAAACCAGAGUUUUACUUCUCCGGAAGGUUCAGAAGGUUUGAAGGAUGUUUUGAACCAGGAGUUUCUGACAUGGCUGAUGUCGACUGAUCUCUGCAAACCAAUGGCUGUGUAACCCCAGGACCUUCCCGAGGAGCUCCCUCUUCAUCCCAUGAAGACGCGUGAGGAGGAGGACGACGAUGUCUUACACUCGCUCUGUUCUGUCCAUAUUGUCUAUUUUGCUAAAGCAAGCAAUAAAGAGUUUAGUCUGAAGCUGAAGUAACACUCGGAUAAGACUUGAUUUGGGGAUGGCCUAUAAAAUAUCACUAAAUUGCUAAAAAAGCGUCCUUCCAAACAAGGCUCACGCGUCACAACACCCACGGAGCCCCCCCUCCGUGGACUUACCUCCGUCCGGGGGGUCACCCCACCCCGGCAGACACUGACACCCCCCCACCCUUCAGUGAGGGAGACCCCCCCCACCCCCACCCCGGGGGGGGACCCGUCCCACAGAGGGGACCCAACCGCCCACACUGGGCCUCUCCCCCACGCCGGGGGGCCCAACGCCCGGCGGGGCCUCACCCCCCCGUACACCCCCCCCCAUACACCCCCACACGGCCCCUCCGCGCGCUCUGAGGGGUCCCCGCCACGCGGGAGGGGGGCGGGGGGGAGG